AUGCCAGAAAGGGAUCUCGUCUUAUGGAGUAUGCUUAUUACUGCCCAUGCAAAAGCCAAUAAUCUAACCCAAGCUAAAAAGACCUUUGACAAGAAUAUUGUAGUUUCGACUUCUAUUCUAGCAGCAUAUACCCAAAGUGGGCACCCUGAAAAGGCGAAAACAAUCUUCGAGACUAUGCCAGAAAGGAAUCUUGUAUCGUGGACUUCACUCCUGGCAGCUUACUCACACAGGGAAAAAGUCGAAUAUGCCCCAAAGAAAUCUAGCUUCGUGGAAUUUCAUGCUUGCGGCAUAUGCCCAAAACGCACUCGAAACCAGGAGCUCUUCGAAGCAAUGCCAGAGAGAGACUUGGUCUCGUGGACGACAAUGGUGACAAGCUACACUCAAACCGAACACUUCGAAAGCGCCAAGAACGUGUUCGAAUCAAUGCCGGAGCGCAACUCGAUGGCAUGGAAGGCGAUGAUCGCAGCUCACGCGAGACAGGUGGAGGAAGCCAAGUUUACGUUCCAUCAAAUGCCACUCCAGAGCCUGGUCUCGUGGAACACGAUGAUCUUCGCGUACGGUCAGUCGGGCUACUGUGACGAGGCGUACAAUGCGAUGCCGGAGAGAGACGCUGGAUCCCCGACGACCAUGUUUUCGGCCUACGCGCACAACGGACACAUCGAUCGCGCUGCCAAGUUAUUCGAUCUGUCGCCUCUUCUGGACAUCAUCUCUUGGAGGACGAUUCUCGCGGCCUUUGCUCAAAACGGACAGUUUCCCAGUGUUGGAUACGUAUGA